UGAACAGGAUUUAAAGAAUUAUUAUUAUUUUUUAUUAUUCUUUCUUUAGCUUUUUUGUUUUUCCUUUAACAAAAAAGCGUAAACAAAACCCUAGUAGGUGGCGGUAUAUGCACCUAAAGCUGGUUUGCCAACCGCCACAAAAACGUCAAAGAAGAAGAAGCGUGUUGUGAAGGAUGGCAGGACCAGCUUCAGUCGCUGGUGAUGUGUUUGUUGAUGCUCUGCCUUAUUUCGACCAGGGUUAUGAUGCUCCAGGGGUCAGAGGAGCCGCAGCUGCUUUGGUGGAAGAAGAGACGAGACGAUACAGACCAACCAAGAACUAUUUGAGCUACCUGCCCACACCAGAUUUCUCUGCUUUUGAGACCGAGAUCAUAAGGAAUGAGUUUGAGAGACUGGCUGCUCGUCAACCCAUGGAGCUGCUCAGUAUGAAGAGAUAUGAGCUUCCUGCUCCAUCGUCUGGGCAGAAGAAUGACAUCACAGCAUGGCAGGACUGUGUCAAUAACUCUAUGGCCCAGCUGGAGCACCAGGCAGUGCGCAUUGAGAACCUUGAGCUCAUGGCCCAGUAUGGAACUAAUGCAUGGAAGGUGUCUAAUGAUAACUUGGCCUUAAUGAUUGAAAACGCACAAAAGAAACUGCAGAAGGUUAGGUGAGUAACUUGUAGGUCAAUGCAAUUU